UUUCCUCUUGCGUUGGGCAUUUGGAUUCUCGCGCGUCUAACAUUUGACAACUCGACGGUGCUCUACCCCUCUCAGUCCGCGUCUAUCGAAGUCGCACCUCCAUGAUGAACUCUCAGAGCAACGCAAAUAUGAAUGUCUCGGCGCUGCAGCCAUCGCUUUCGCCGCAGUCCGUCACGCGCCGCGUCACAGUCGCCAACGAUGGCGAAAUGUACCACCAACGCGCAUCACACGCCACCAUCGAGCGCGCUCCCAGCACCGGUAGCAAAGUGGACGUGCAGAUCCUCAAGAAGCUGUCGGCCUCGGUCUCCCAUUUCGAGGGCCCGCGUAAGAAUCUUAGCUUCGUCGUGUCCGUGGAGACGCUGAUUCCCGGUCGCCGCGCCUUCUCGGACGAGCGCGAGUCCUGCCAGCUCGUAGCCCGCUCUUUUGAUGACUUUCGUCGUUUCCGCAAGUCACUUCUCGCUCGUGUUGGCAGCCUCCACAACCCGUCGCUUCUUCUAUCUGGACGCAGCGGCAAGUGCCGCUGUGAAGCCGGCAAUGGCUGCCCCUUUGACGUGACGCGUAGUUUCCUGGAGCGACUUAAAUUCACGCGGAUGCCCUUCCUCAGUCUGGGCGAGAGCGAGGCGGACCUUACCAAGCGCCAGCAGGAGAUGAACAACUUCCUCCACAUUAUCUUUGCCAUCCUGCACCGCAUGCAGCCUGGCUCGUGGCACACGGAGUGCAAGUUCCUACAGGACGUGAUGGCCUUCCUGGAGGUGGAGGAGUCAUUCUCGUACCAGAUUGAUCGGCUUUUAAGAUCGAGGAACCGCCACAUGAGUCUGGACGGCUGGAAGGCGCACACCCUCGAGACUUUUGGCUCGGGUAUCGGCGUAUAA